AUGCUUACGUACAAACCUUGGCUUGAUCCUACUUUAAUAGGAGAAGCAAAAAAUUUAGUUGAGGUCAAGUUAGAUAGACCUUUUGCUCAGAGAGUAGCUUUUGAGGAUGAGAGUGGGUCUGUCUCAAUGAUUGAUGUUGUGUACUCUUGGCUGCCUUCGAAGUGUGGAAGAUGUGGUCAGUUAGGCCAUAGAGCGUUGCAAUGUUUGGGACAGCCGCUUGAUCCAACUAGGAGCACCAAGACAUCAUCUCCAGUAUCAAGAGAUGUUGAAUCAAGUGUUACUAUAACAAAUGAAGCAAAUAUGGUCAGGGACAAAGAGGACAGAGAUGCUACUGUGACUGUCCCACACCCUCCAACUCCAAGUGUGGAAGCUACUUCUGAUCCAAUACUGGCUCUAGUAGCUACCAUAAACAACUCUAUUGAUAAAAUUCCCAUUGCUGAGGAUGAAUCAGUGAUGGAAGCAAAGCAAGAUACCACAUUCUCAUUAAAAAGAAAGCCAGUUAAACCCUCUACAAAGGCUAAAGAGAUGCAGUUGCAUUCCGUAGCUCGUGGGCAUGGUAACCACAACUGUGGCAAUCAUGGUCGUAAUAGAGGUGGUCGUGGUUGA